AGUUUCCUGAGCACGACUUCAGCGCUUAACUCUUCCCUCCUCCUCCUCCUUCCCCUCCCCUCCCCUCCUUUCACAAGUCCCUCCCCACCUCCAAUUCUUCGAGGAGUAACCCACCGAAGCACAAUGGCCACCCCGCAAGCCGCCAGCAGCCUGGCGAGCAAACUGCCCACGCGCCUCCGCAACUUCUUCGCCCGCUAUCCUCCGCAAAUCUAUUCCACGACCGUCCGCCCUCCGAUCACAGUCCCCAAGCCAGCUGCACUUGCACUUGCUCAAGCCGGCGCCGGCGCCCCUAACACCACGACCACGACGACGACCACCACCACCACAACCACAACCACCACCUCCACCUCCAGCACCACGCCCAUCACCGACGCGAUCACCGAAUCCCUCCUCCCAUCCCCCUACACCCCGAACCGCGAAGCGAAGGGCUACCAGCCGCCGGACCACAAGUACUCGGACGCGCUGCUGUGGAAGGGCCCCAAGGGCCAGCUCAACCCGUUCCUGCCGCGGAAGCUGGGCGAGCGGAAGUGGGAGGGCCCCCGGAUCGGUCUGCGCCGGCAGGCGGAGCUGGUGAAGCUGGCCCGCCAGUUCGGGGUCGAGGAGCUGCUCCCGCCCAGCCGCAAGUCGGCCGAGUACAAGGAGGCCCGCCGCGCCGAGAACCAGGGCCUGGCCAUCAAGGGCACCGGUGUCGGGCAGAAGGUCAAGGGCCACAAGUGGGAGCGCACCAUGGAGGCGCGCCUCGAGGACCGGCGCAAGGCCAUGCUCGAGAUGCCCGAGAUGGUGCGGUUGUGGAAGCAGAGAGGUCAUGGUCGUGGUUGGAAGCAGUGGCCCAAGAAAUAGAGCGGUCUCUCGCUUUCAUUUCUUCUUGGGGGGCCUUUAUGCACCCCGUUUUUUGCCGCGCUUCUCGUCUCGAUACGGGUUUUCCGAACUCAACUAAUGUUUGGAGGUUAUUGGGGGCUGACUUCCAGGGCCUGGGAUGGAUUCAGGUUGCUACAUGACCAACCCCCACCCUCGCUUCUUCGGGUGAGCUUUGAUUGAUCAUCAUCCUCAUUCAUCAUCAUCAUCGUCAUCAUGUUUCGGAACGGGAGUUAUCUGUUUGUACAAAUCGCUAUAUUGUUCUAUAUCAAGUCAUGCAUUUGAGUGCCCUAUCCCAAUAUUCAAUUCCAC